UCAUACAUAUUCCCUCUCUGAUUAAAGGAUCUUCUAGUGUAACCCAUCAAGCUAAUUGAUGAAUAAAAAAUUUAUGCCAAAUAUGCGUUUAAAUUAUUGCACAAUAACCGGCGUAUGUGGAUUGAAGCUGCUGUGUACAAGGUUAUUUUAAAACUCCAUGAGGUUCGGCGUCCUGUAUAUCUGAAAAAAUGUCAAAAAAAAAAAAAAGCAGAGCGCAUGUUGUUUUAGGAAAAGCAUUAAAGACUUUGCCUCGGAUUUGAAAAGCUUUUCCACACGGCGGUGCUGUUGAACGUGAUUCGUCCAAUGCGUUAACGUUCGUUCGUGAGCGCUGUGUUGCUUAUUAAUACCACUUUUUCCUCAUCGUGUUUACGAGAAACGGUAAAAGAGAAGCCGGUGCAUCUGACGUGAUUCUGUUUUAAUACGUGGAACAAAAAAACAAACAAACAACCAAACAGAAACGUAGCGUUUCGGCACUCGGCAGGCCUCAGACGUGGUUGCGGUCUUUGUGAAAGCUGGGUUUCCCCCCUCCUCGUCCUCCAUCGACCCCUUCCCUUCCCUCCAGCACCCGUCUGUGCUCCGAACGAAUGGCACGUUGCUACUCGAGAGUAUCGGCUUAUGGGGGUCCUGAAAAGGGGGCCUUACUCCUGGCAGUCGUGUUCCUCUUUGGGACGUAUUUAUUUAUUUAUUUAUUUAUUUAUUUAUGUUUGCCUAUAUUGAUUUAUUGACUGUCUUUGUCCCGUGACCUGCCUUUUACUUUCUCCGAAAUAGCAAACAAGUACUGAGAGUAAUGAGAUAUUCCCUGCAUGCAGUUCUCCUAACACUUAUUGUAUUUCAUGCCCGGAACGUCAUUACCCACGGAUAUAUCAUAUAGCUGAUCGUUUUUUGUUUUUUUUUUUGUUUUUUUUUUCUUCUCCGUAGCUAAAUAUGUAAUGAUGAGUAUGUUAUAUCACUAGAUAGAAAAUCACCAUCCGGUUUCUCUCCGUUUUAAACACACGUGUAGCUUGAUCCCGUCACGUGCGACUUCUGCCAUUCAGUCUUUCUGUUAUUUUAUUAAAUUGGGAGCUUUGUAGACUAAACCUCUGGUUAAAAAUAAAUAUAUAUAUAUAUAUAUGGCGCCUGUCAGUUUAUUUGAAUUCUCACUGUAGUAGUAUGAGUUCUAGUUAGACCUAAUAUCCACACCAUAUACAGACGAGUGACGAAUGAAAGAAAAUGCCAGUGGCUCGGUUACGGUGUGAGGGGCGUUUUAGUUUCGCCACAGGAUAUGUGGAUUAUCUGGACGGUUUGACGAGGAGGAAAACGACGGAGAUCCUUAUGCUAUGGCUUUCACGGUCACAAGAUCUCAUCCCAGUUGAACGCUUGUGGAACGGCUCGGCAGACGGCUCUCCGACCCCAUCGGCAAGAAGAUCUGAUCUGUAAGAACAGACGACUAAGGACACCUUCCUAAGGCACUCUGUGUUGGAUUCGCUUUUCAUUGGUCACCAUGUUAUAACGCAGGUUCAUGAACCCGAACAGUAAGGAGUAAUUUGGUAUGGAUUUUUUUUUUUUAUUUUUUUUUCACGUGUCACGUUUCAUUUGAGAGGCGCCGUUUAAUUUGACUUUAGCAGUCCCGUGUUUUUUUUUUUUCGGCCGGCGACAGCCCACUUGUCAGCCCCCCAGUCUCCGUCUACCCUGAGAAUGUGAGAGGGAGCUCGGUGUUUAAAAAAGAGGAGAGGAGGCAGGGUGAGAGAGAGAGAGAGAGGGAGGGAAAGAGAGCGUGGAACAGGAGGUUGGACUUUUGGCAACACACUAACAUGCUUUAAAAGAAAGAGAGAGAGAGGGGAGUGUGAGGGAACGUUUGGGAGAGGAGAUAUAGAGAGGGAGAGUGAAGGAGGGCGGGAGCGCUCUCUUUUGGAGGAGAGUGAAUGUGGAGCGGAGAGAAGGGGAGGCGGACGGGGAGAAGAAGCCGGUAAUACAGACGACAAAAGGAAAACCGGGGGGUGAAGAAAAAGGGGGCUUCCACACAAUGGCCACAGAGGAUUCCACUGGCGGUGCUCGCAAAGCCACCAAGAGUAAACUGUUCGAGUUUCUCGUCCACGGAGUGCGUCCAGGUAUGACCUCAGGGGCCCGGAUGCCCCAUCAAGGUGCCCCUAUGGGUCCACCUGGCCCCCCGUAUGGCGGAACACCCCCGAUUCGGCCGGGGAUGCCCAACCCCACACUGGACCCAAAUCGCAAACGGCCCACCACCACCCCACCGGUGCAAGCCUCGCCCGUCCAAAACCGGCCUAGAAAGAAACCACUGGGAUUCCAAGGAGCCAAUGAGGUUUCUGCAAGACCAUUGGACUUGCGAGAGGCCCAGUCUGAGCCAGCAAUUGGAUCCAAUGCCAAGAGAAGGAAAAUGGCAGACAAGAUUCUCCCUCAGAGGAUCCGUGAGCUGGUGCCAGAGUCGCAGGCGUACAUGGACCUUUUGGCUUUUGAGCGCAAACUGGACCAAACUAUUUUGAGGAAGCGGGUGGAUAUUCAAGAGGCGCUUAAGAGACCGAUGAAGCAAAAGCGGAAGCUCCGACUGUACAUCUCCAACACGUUUAACCCUGCUAAGCCUGAUUCAGAGGACUCGGAGGGCAGCAUUGCAUCCUGGGAGCUAAGAGUAGAAGGCAAGCUGCUAGAUGAUCCUGGAAAACAAAAGAGGAAAUUUUCUUCUUUCUUCAAAAGCUUGGUUAUUGAGCUGGAUAAGGACCUGUAUGGCCCUGAUAACCACUUAGUUGAGUGGCAUCGCACUCCUACAACCCAGGAGACGGAUGGCUUCCAGGUGAAGAGGCCUGGAGACGUGAAUGUGAGGUGCACGCUGCUCCUCAUGCUCGAUUACCAGCCACCCCAAUUUAAGCUGGACCCUCGGCUCGCUCGUCUUCUGGGCAUCCACACACAGACCCGCUCCUGCAUCAUCCAGGCCCUGUGGCAGUAUGUCAAGACUAACAAGCUGCAGGACUCCCAUGAAAAGGAAUACAUUAGCUGUGACAAGUAUUUCCAGCAGAUCUUCGACUGCCCGCGUCUGAAGUUUAGUGAGAUUCCUCAGAGGCUUACUAAUCUACUGCUGCCCCCUGACCCAAUCGUGAUCAACCAUGUCAUCAGUGUGGACCCCAAUGACCACAAGAAGACAGCCUGUUAUGACAUCGAUGUUGAGGUGGACGAUCCUUUAAAGACCCAAAUGAAUGGUUUUCUGCUCUCGACGGCUAAUCAGCAGGAGAUAGCGUCACUAGACAACAAGAUCCAUGAGACCAUCGAGUCCAUCAACCAGUUGAAGAUCCAGAGAGAUUUCAUGCUCAGCUUCUCCAGAGAUCCCAAGGGCUACAUUCAGGAUUGGAUCUGUUCACAAAACCGAGACCUUAAGUUAAUGACUGAUGUGGUGGGAAACCCAGAGGAGGAAAGAAGAGCAGAGUUUUAUAACCAGCCCUGGUCUCAAGAAGCUGUGAGUCGCUACUUUUACUGCAAGAUCCAACAACGAAGACAAGAGCUCGAACAGGCCUUGGCAAUGCGCACCACUUAAACGCGUCAUCGGUUUGGAGCAAAACUUACCAGCACAUUGAUUUGCCGAAUAAUCCCGGGAAUUUGAAUCUAGUGAAGAAUCUCCGACACAUUGGACAACUUUCCAGGUCUCCUUGAACAUUUGAAAACACUACUGGCAACUGGCACUAUUUGUUAUUUAUUGGACAGUUUGUAUAUGGCAUUACAAUUCAGUGUUGAGUUUAUAAGUAUUAUCUAAAAAAUUACAAAAUAAAUAAAAAUUUCCAAACACACUUUUAUGGGAAAUUCUAAUGCCGCAAACCCGAGUAAAACAAAGCCAAACAUUUCACUGGCCGCACAAAUAUGUACGUAAUGUCUCUCUUUUUUUUUUUUUUUCGACUGAAUGUUUUGUACUGCAAAAUAUCGUCUCUUUUGGCUAAGAACGAGUUUAAGCCUUGGAUAAAAGGAGAAGAAAAGAAAUCUGUACUGUGAAGUUCCACUUUUUUGUUUGUUAGUAGUACUCGGUAUUAGUGUAUGUGAAUAUGUGUUAACGGUACUGGACGUGUUGCGUAUCACUUUAUAUUCUGCUUUAUCUCCGUUCAACUGAAGCACUGUGUAAACAUUUCUCUAUAGGUCAUAACAGAACGUUUACCAUGACUGAGGCUUCCCUAGGCUAGAACAAAGCAGAUUUGGAUUUACUAGAAUAUGGAUGUCUGCUUUCACAUUUCUGGGCAUGAAUACAGGUUGAAAGCCUUUUUUAUUUUGGGUGGUGUGAGCACAUGUGAGGACCUAAUGGAGAAGAACUUUAGAGGAUGAUGCUUUGCUUCCCCGCCCUCCCCCCCCCUCUGUAUUGUCAUGAUCAGUGAUUUUACAUAUCAUUUUUGUCAAUGGCUGUAGAAUAUGGCCUCAAUGUUGUCGGACGUCUGUUAUGAUCACUCAAGUGCAUGUUGCAUGAAAACAUACAGGCCUGUUUUUAGGAAACGGCUUCGCAUGAAUCAGUCAGCAUUGUAACUUUGUUGCCUUAAAAGCUUACUGAGGAUGCAGAUUGAAAAAAAACAAAAAAAACAAAAAGCAUUUACCAAAGUUUAAGUGUAGGUGAAUUUUAUUUUUAGUAUCACUGUUAUAUAUUUUACUUUGGGUAGAUAAGGUCAUAUGCAUACACAGUCACGAUAAUUCGAGGCACUAGUGAUCGUGAUGGCACUACCUUUUUACCUAUGAGCUGGAUCAGUCAUAGGUUAAUGUGCUCUAUAUGGUGUUUAAAUCACCUCAAUAGUCACAUAUGGAAUAUAUACAAGGUAUUGUUGUGAUGUGGCAUUGAAACUGCUACGAAAAUGAAUGUCAAAUUUAUUAAUUCUGGGACACCUGGUCCUGUAAUUUUUCUAAGAAUGUUCUUUAUUUAUAGUACUAAAAACUGUGUUCUCAUGUUGCAGACAUUUGAUAAGUGUAAAUGAAUAAAUGCGUUUGUU